AUGAUAAAAUUUUUGUUUUUAUAUACAUAUGAGGAAAACCAUAAUUAACCAAGAAAGGCUUAGUUAAAUAUGGAAUAAUUUAUUUUUAAUAUUGUUUAUUGUUGAUUCAAAACAAUAAUGCAUUGAAAACAGUAAAGAAUACAAUUUUUGUGAUUUAUAUAAAGCAGCAGAUUGUAAAUAUUCAACAUGGCAAAGGAAAUGAUGAUAGUAUUUGUUUAUAAUACAGCAAAAUGUAAAAAUGAGGACGAUGAUCCCGCUGAAUCUGUUAUGUAUUUUCAUCCAUCAUGGGUUUCACCGUCACAAAAAUUACUUUUGGCAGGUCAAUUAAUGGGUGUUAAUCAAUUUUUAAUGUCAUCAUUUUCUUCACCAUCUCUAAUUUCACUGCGAGGUGGAAAAUUUGUUUUAAAAAAAUUAGGCCAAUACGUUCUCGCAGUAGGUACAGAUAGAAAUAUACAAGAUUGGAUUUUACAAAGGCGAGCAAGCACUUUGGAAUCAUUAUUAAAAUUUUUUCACUGCGACAUUGAAACAAUAUCAACUUCACUUAAUAAUGACAAAAAUAAAUUUACCGAAAAAUUAUAUCAAAUGUUUGAAACAUAUUUGCCUAUAUUACAAUAUAGUUCAAGUUUAUUUUCCAGUAAUCCAUCUUUAAAAUUACCAAGGAGUGCAAGUCAUGUUUUUUUAGAAGCAAUUCAAAUUUUACAAAAUUGUCAAGAAAUAAAUGGUAUUAUGGGUGGAGCUCUUUUUUACAAUAAUAAAGUCGUAGCAUCUCAGUUAAGUGCGGAAAUUACUAAACAGUUGGUCAUAACGGAUCCUUAUCGAAUUAAGGCUCCAGCUGAGAGAAUAUCUACCAUGUAUCAUUUACCUGUUGGAGUACAACUUUUGUACGUUUACAUUGAGCAAAGUCAAAUUAGAAAAAUGAUUCAUAAUGCAAAUCUCGAGAGAAGUUACAGUUCUCAUUUGGCAGCUUCUAUUAAAAAAGUACUGCAUAAUAAGAAGAAUUUCAAGAAUAAUUCCAAAGAUCAACCGCUUGUUUUAAAACGAGAUAUUUCACGUAUUUUCACUGUACCAGAAGAGGGUGAACUUGAUUCAAUAAAUGAUAAUUCUUUCUUUAAAUUUCAAUCUGAAACUUCUCCAGUUAACCAAAAAGAAGAAAGUAUAAAGCAACAGCAACAAAUUCCCAUAACGCCAAGCGUUUGUUGUACACCACUUAAAGAUGUUCAACGUGUUUUACAUGGAACUGCUGUUUCAAUAUGUAGCACCACAGACGAACCAGAAAUGUGGACGGAAAUUGUCAAUAAAUCCGAUGAACGAAAAAAAGACUGCAAUGACAUUCCCGAUAUUGUGAAGGAAGCCCUUUUAUGUAAAAAAUUAAAUAAAUUAAAAAAUGCCCCAUCAAGUGAUAGAUUUAUUAAAUUUGACGAUAGUAAUAAUAAAAAAUGUUUAAGUUUAACUGACAUUAAACAUGAUACAAAUCAAGAUUUAUGGGAAUCAGAUGAUUACAAAUCGCGAAGAAAAACAAAUAAACGAUAUUACAAUACAAUAACUGAUCCUAAUUUUCCGGUAUUUAGAUCCGAUGGCGUACAAGUGACACAUUCAUUGUACAGUCAAUACAUUGCUUCUCAUUAUCAAGAAUUGAAUCAAGAUACAGAGACAUCGAAAUCUUCGAAAAGAAAAUUAAAUUCAUCUGAUAGUGAAAAAUUAAAAAAUGAUUCUAUUCUCAAACAAAAAUCAAAAAUUCCCUCUAAUUUAAAAUUACAAAAUAUUAGUAAACAGGAAGUACAUCGUAGUGCAUUAAGUCUUCCAUUAAAACCACUUAAUGUACUUGAAAAUGAAGAAAAAUCUAAAUCAACUGUAUUUGAAAAACAACGUAAACUCGAUGGUCUACAAUUAACGCCUUUAAUGUCAAAAUUAAGUCUUAUUAUUGAUGAAAAAAAAGGGGGAUUUGAAACAACACCAAGUGAAUUUCGUGAUUUUUCUAAUUAUUCAUCAUUAACAAAUAAUAUAAUUAAAAAUAAAUUUGAUUCAUUGACAAAUGAACAUGAAAAUGAUGAAAUUGAUUUUAAGGCAAAAAUUAAAAAUUCUGUGGAAAAAACUGAAUUAUUUUUGUGUGGACAUCAAAAUAUGGUUUUAAUGUUGUUAUUAGAAAAUGGAAUGUGCUCGGAUCCGGAACUUAUACAUUCUCUUUGGAGAACUUGCAUCAAUAAUUUAGGAAAAUUGGAAAUAUGCUUACAACAAUGUUUAGAUCCCUUGCCAAUAACUGAAAAUAAAGAAUUAUACAGUGUUCUCUCAGUUAAUUCCGAAUGGGAUACAACCUAUCGUUCCGGAUUGUGGGGUGUUACUGAACUCGAUAUAUUGGCAACACUUCACAAUAGAUUUUCAAAUAAAAAUAAUCUCACGGACAUAAUAAUAAGAAGCGACGAUGCAGUCGUUUAUGGAAAUCAAUGUGGAAAUGUUGAAGUUUUUUAUCAACAAACAUUGUCAUCUGGUACUUAUGGAGGACUUCCAACUCCUGCUGAUUUAAUGGGAAUAGUACCGCUUAAAGCAAAACGAAGAAUUGAAAGAGAUCAUGAUAUUAUAUUGUUGUAAAAAAAAAAAGAACAGACAAUCUGUUCUCUUGUUAUUCUAUUUCAAUAAGAGACAAUUUCUUUAUAACAAAAAUAAUAUUGAAUCCCAUCAAAUUUUUCUGCAGAUAAAUCAGAAAUUUAUAAAAUUGAAAAAUCCUAUUUACAUUUUUAUACAGUACAAUUUUUAUAAAAAAAAACAAACAACAACGCAAAACUCAUUUUCCAAAAUAGAAGUAAAACAAAAGCUAUAAAGAAAAAAAAGAAGAUUUAUGUAAUUUUAAAUUAAUUUAUUGUAAUUAUGUGAAUGUUUAUUGUUAAUUAUUAUUAAUGUGAAUUU